CCCAUCCCCUCGGCCGCCUCCUCCGCCUGGCGCGAGACUCCGAGAGCUGUAUUCAGUAAGCACUUAGUUUGGAAGGAGAGGUGAUCCGAAUGGCCCGGCUCCUGCUACCAGGCUAGGUACAGUACUUUAGCCGCCCAGGUGCUAACCUGAACCUGGUUCAGCCCUUUCUGACCAACACUGUUCACGCACGGUGGAAGGGACCAAGCAGCCAAAUGGAGACACCACCAGUCAGUCCAAUGGGAGAAAAGGACACCUCUCAACCACAGCAAUGGGAAAAGAAGCCCUGGGAGAACCUUGAUUCAACUACUCAGAUUAGGCAGCAGCUCCAGGACCCUCCUAGUGAAACCCUUCAUCUGGGAGUGAGCCCAGAUCCAGUCACCCAAAUUCUAGAGAAUACUCAAGGAACUGAAAAACUUGUCUCUGAACUUGAAGGAGACUCUGAUAAGUCUCAUGGAUCAACCAGUAAGGUGACAGAGGGCCUUCAAGCUUCUGAUCUCUGGUACUGUCCUGAUGGAAGCUUUGUCAAGAAGAUUAUAAUUCGUGGUCAUGGCUUGGACAAACCCAAGCUAGGCUCCCGCUGCCGGGUACUGGCUUUUGGGUUUCCUUUUGGGUCUGGGCCACCAGAGGGCUGGACAGAGCUAACUGUGGGCCAAGGGGCAUGGAGGGAAGAAACGUGGGGGGAGAUUGUAGAGAAAUGCUUGGAGUCCAUGUGCCAGGGAGAGGAAGCAGAGCUUCAGCUGCCUGGGCACUCUGGACCUCCCGUCAGGCUCACACUGGCCUCCUUCACUCAGGGCCGGGACUCCUGGGAACUGGAGACCAGUGAGAAGGAAGCCCUGGCUAGGGAAGAACGUGCAAGGGGCACAGAACUGUUCCGAGCUGGGAACCCUGAAGGGGCAGCCCGAUGCUAUGGACGGGCUCUUCGGCUCCUGCUGACUUUACCCCCACCUGGCCCUCCAGAACGAACUGUCCUUCAUGCCAAUCUGGCUGCCUGUCAGUUGCUGCUAGGGCAGCCCCAGUUGGCAGCCCAGAGUUGUGACCGGGUGCUGGAGCGGGAACCAGACCAUUUAAAGGCCUUAUACCGAAGGGGGGUUGCCCAGGCAGCCCUUGGGAAUCUUGAAAAAGCAGCUGCUGACCUUAAGAAGGUGCUGGCCAUAGACCCCCAAAACCGGGCAGCACAGGAGGAGCUGAGGAAAGUGGUCAUUCAGGGGAAGAAACAGGAUGCAGGGCUGGCUCAGGGUCUACGCAAGAUGUUUGGCUGAUUAAAAGUUAAACCUUAAAAGAGA